GCCCUCCGCUAGGGUUUCCCCUCGGUCGCAGCCGGUUCACUUCUCCCAGGUUAGGAAAGGGUCCGUCCUCAUGGCGCCGUCGCUGCCGAAGUCCGGGCUCUUCGUGGGCAUCAACAAGGGCCACGUCGUCACCAAGCGCGAGCUGCCGCCGCGCCCGUCCGACCGCAAGGGGAAAGCAACCAAGAGGGUGAACUUUGUCAGGAGCUUGAUCAGGGAGGUUGCUGGGUUUGCUCCUUAUGAGAAGCGUAUCACUGAGCUUCUCAAGGUUGGCAAGGACAAGCGUGCACUGAAGGUGGCCAAGAGAAAGCUUGGAACUCACAAGAGGGCAAAGAAGAAGAGAGAGGAGAUGUCGAAUGUCCUCAGGAAGAUGAGAUCGGCUGGUACUCACACUGAUAAGAAGAAAUAGAGUAUCUCAAAGGUCGUGAAGUUGACAGCAAUAUUCCGCUCUGGUGUCAGUUUUUCCUACUUGUAGAACCUGAUAGACUAUCUGUCAGCGAAACAUUAUGUUCAUGUGUCGAACCACCUCAUGAGUUCUUCGUCCAACUUUGAAUGCAUGGUUUGUCAAUUUGCUUCU